AUGACAGAGUCCGUCAGUUCAAGCCCAAGUGAACAGCAGCUCAGUGGGAUAGAGAUGGGACUCCAAUCAACGGGGCUUGUGAAAACUUUUGAAGAGCAGAUGCUGAACGCUGAUGAUAAGCUUUCGCAUAUUGACUCAGCACAUUUAGGUGAGAAACCAGAGAAAUUCAGAGAGAGUGAUGCGGGUGACGGUACCAGAAGAGAGGACCAAAUUCUCACUGGUGCAAGAUUCUAUACAUGUGUCUCGUCCCUCCUUCUCUGUACAUUUUUGGUUGCCUUGGACCAGAUGAUCACUGCUUCUGUCUUGACAACAAUUGCCGACCAUUUCAAUGAAUUCAAUAAGAUGACAUGGAUUACAGCAGCAUUUAUGAUGCCCAUGGGGUGUUGUGCGCAGGGAUGGGGACGAUUAUCGAUCAGCUUUGGCAGAAAGUGGAUCCUUGUGUCAGGCAUGGCCCUUUUCGAGUUUGGUUCUCUAAUAACUGGCAUUUCCAUUUCCAUGAAUAUGUUUAUUUGCGGAAGAGCUAUUCAAGGUGUGGGUGGCUCGUGCAUUCAGACUGUUGUCAUGAUCAUAGCUACAGAAAUUACUACUAUUGAUAAAAAGCCAAUCCUAUACGGAACACUCACCUUAACCUUUGUCUUUGCUUCGGUCAUUGGUCCCGUCAUCGGCGGAAUUUUUGGAACGUAUGCUAGCUGGAGAUGGUGUUUCUACCUCAAUCUCUGCUGUUCUGCUAUCAUAUUUCCAUUUUUUAUCUUAUCCUACCAUCCCAAGCCUCCUGUUGGAACUUUUAGAGAGAAGCUAAAAACAGUUGACAUUCUUGAUAACUUCCUUAUUGUUGCAUCGACAGUCCUCAUACUAAUGGGCAUAUCAUUUGGAAUCACUGGGUCUAGCUGGAAGACAGCAUCGGCCAUCUCUUGUCUCGUCAUUGGAGGAAUACUUCUUAUUGCAUUCUGCGAAUAUAAUUUCAAAUUCUCCAAAUACCCAGUGCUUCCCUCAAACAUUGUGUUCAAUAAGAAAAUAUUCGCAUCUUUCAUCGUCAUUACCUUCAAUUACAGUGCAAUGAUGGUAGCGCUCCAGUUCAUCAGCAUAUACUUUGCAAAUGUCAUCGGCCACAACGCAUUUCACACCGGCUUGUCUUUGAUUCCUUGUGCUGUCUCCUCGUGCGUGUCAUCGAUUGGCAGCGGAAUCCUUAUUCAGAAAUUGCGGAUAAUCAAGCCGUUCUCCUUGCUGGCAGGGCUCCUUUUGCCGGCCGCCGCGGGCUUACUUAUGCUAAUGAAGCAGAAGGAUAACCUAGGCCGCGAUAUUGGGUUCCAGAUCUUGCUUGGAGUUUCCACUGGUCUGAAUAUGCAGGGUCCAAUUAUGAGUGGUCUCAUUAAUGCACCAAAAACUCCCGGUACCAACAUCUUGAUGACUGCUUAUUUCAUCUUCGGAAGAAGUAUGACUGCUUUGUUUUUGGAGAUCGCUGAGGAGAUAUACACCGCAACUUUGACAUCAGGUAUCGCCAAAAUUUCGCCAAUGAUACAGGGGAGUGAGUACGCCAUCUCAGAGGUCAUCGUUCGAUCAGACUUGCUCGACAAAUUGAAUGAGCACGAUAGGUCCUUGGUUGCUGGAAAAAUCCUAGAAAGCUGUCAUGAUGUCUUCUGGUUGUGUUUUGCUUUGGCAAUUGUGGCACUAAUUGCAACGUUAUUCAUGUCAAACAAGAAGCUGCCGAAAAGUGAAGACGUCGAGGCAUGA